GUUCCUGAUUUGCAGAAACAGUAUUUGACUCUAUGUAUGGAAAAGCUCCAGAGAACUAACCCUUUAAUUUUGCACAAAUUACACGAACUAGAAGAAAACAUUAAAAAUGGACUAGAAGUAAUUUCAUUGAAGUUGGCUGGUAACAAUCACUUAAUACCAGUAGAAAGAAUAAAAGGUACAGAGUUUUGGAUUCUUUGUAAAAUUUUAAAGAAGGUUCAAAAUAUUAAAAGUUUGGAUGUGAGAUAUAACAGCAUUGGUGAUACUGGUGCAUUCUAUGCAGCAAGACUGUUACAGAAAGACCUUAAUCUCAGAUAUGUAAACCUUAUGUUUAAUGAUAUUGGACCUGAAGGUGGAGAAUUUAUUGCUAAAGCACUAAAUAGCAAUGUAACUCUCAAAUACCUAAGAAUGACUGGAAACAAGAUUGAAAAUAAAGGGGGAAUGUUAUUUGCUUCAAUGCUACAAAAGAAUUCAUCCUUAGAAAAACUAGAUUUAGGUGACUGUAAUCUGGAAAUGCAAAGUUUGAUAGCAUUUGCUACAGUCCUGACUCAAAACCAAACACUUAUGGGCAUCAACUUAAACCGACCUAUACUAUAUGGAGAACAGGAAGAAUCCACAGUUCACUUAAGCCACAUGUUAAAAGAAAAUCACAACCUUGUUGAAUUACACAUGUGCAAGCAUAAUAUUAAAAACUGGGGAAUGAAAUAUUUAUGUGAGGCAUUGUAUAUGAACAGAAGCCUACGCUACCUUGAUGUCAGCUGCAAUAACAUAACUCGUGAUGGAAUGAUGUUUUUGGCUGAUAUGUUGAAAAAAAAUACUGCCCUAGAAGUAAUAGAUAUUUCUUUUAACAGAAUAGAAAAUGUAGGAGCAAAAUAUCUCAGUGAAACUCUUGCUUCACACAACAGAAGUCUUAAAGCGUUGUCAGUUGUAAGCAACAGCAUAAGUGGAGAAGGACUUGUUGCACUUUCACAAGCAAUGGAGAAAAACCCCAUAUUCUCUCAUAUUUACAUUUGGGGAAACAAAUUUGAUGAGGCUACAUAUAUAGCAUAUUCAGACUUAAUUCAAACGAGACGACUAAAAGCAGACAAUACAGAUGUGGAGCCGUAUAUGGUGGAUGGAAAGAUGUACCUUGCAGAAGUGUCGAAUGGCCUUAAAAAGCACUAUUAUUGGACACCAACUUACGAAGCUGUUAGUCACAACUCAGCAAAUGCAGGUUUUAGUCUUGUACCAGUAGGCCAAGAUCUAUGA